UAUUUAUUAAAUUUAUUUAACUUCAAUUUGUCUGCACGCAUGGAGGUCAAACGAAUUAUAAAGUUAGCGUUUAAUUAAAGUUGCCACUGGCUUUCACGCAACUCUCGCCCGAAAAUGAGCAAAACAAGUUUGCAGGACGUCAUUAGCGAGCUAACGUUCCACGCGCACACUUUGGUGUCAGCGCACUACUUAUCAGUUAGAAUCAAUGCUGUGAAACAUUACCAAUAUUAUUACGAUAAUGAUCCGUCCGAAGUUGAUUAAUAUUACCUCUUGCGCAUUGGCAAGAAGCGCUUCUUGUUCCACAGUUGCAGCUGCGAAUCCACGCACUGAGACUUUAAAAACAAACGCAGCUAAACCACUGACUGAUUUAUAUGGCAGACAUCAUUCUUACUUAAGAAUCUCACUAACGGAAAGAUGUAACUUGAGAUGUCAAUACUGUAUGCCUGCUGAAGGAGUGCAGCUACAACCAAACUCAAAUCUUUUAUCCAUUGACGAAAUUGUUAAACUUGCGACGUUGUUUGCGCAGGAGGGAGUGACUAAAAUUCGACUAACUGGAGGUGAGCCUACUGUUCGAAAAGAUUUACCGGAUAUUAUUCGACAAUUAAAAGCGAUUCAAGGACUGGAAACAGUCGCUAUGACGACAAACGGUUUGGUUCUCACGCGGCAGUUGGUAACAUUACAACGCGCAGGAUUGGAUAUCAUUAAUGUUAGUUUAGACACGCUACAAAAGGAUAAAUUCGAACGGAUUACACGUCGUAAAGGAUGGGAACGUGUCCUGAUGGGUAUUGACUUGGGCAUUCAACUGGGAUACAACCCAGUGAAAGUAAAUUGUGUUGUCAUGAAAAAUUUUAACGACGACGAAGUUUGUGACUUUGUACAAAUGACGGAGGAGAAGAAUGUGGACGUACGUUUCAUCGAAUACAUGCCAUUCACAGGCAAUAAAUGGGAAAUGGAGAAAUUGGUCUCAUACAAAGAAAUGGUAGAGAAGAUUCGCGCAAAAUGGCCGACCUUUGCACCAUUAGAAAACGGACCUAAUGAUACAAGCAAAGCAUGGAAAAUACCAGGUGCAAAAGGGCAAGUUGGUUUUAUCACAUCAAUGAGCGAACAUUUUUGUGGGUCUUGUAAUCGUCUACGUAUCACAGCCGAUGGUAAUCUUAAAGUUUGUCUCUUUGGCAACGCAGAAAUCUCAUUACGCGAUGCACUACGUGCCAAAUGCAGUGAUGACGAUCUUCUGGCACUAAUUGGCGCAGCAGUGUCGCGAAAAAAGAAACAGCAUGCAGAUUGCAAUUUAAUUUCCCGUCCACAUUCAUUUAUCAACACCAAUUUAUCUCAUUUGUUUUACAACUCUCGCACAUCGAAUACGUUACGAUACUAUUCCACACACUUGACACACGUGGAUGAAACUGGCAAAGCUCGUAUGGUAGACGUGGGCGACAAGAAAAUCUCAUCCCGAAGCGCACAUGCACAGGGUACUGUCCACGUUGGCUCGAAAAUAACUCAACUUAUACAAGAAAACGCACUUAAAAAGGGCGACGUGCUUUCAAUCUCGCAAUUGGCUGGCAUUACAGGCGCUAAAAAGACAUCGGAAUUGAUUCCUUUGUGCCAUAAUAUCAUGCUUAACUCUGUACAAGUUGAAGCUAUUCUAGAUGCAGAAAAGGAAAGUGUUGUAAUAACAUCGACGGUGAAAUGCGAUGGUAAAACCGGCGUGGAAAUGGAAGCAUUGACAGCAGUUACAAUUGCUGCGUUAACAGUCUACGACAUGUGUAAAGCUGUUAGUCAUGACAUCACAAUUACAGAUAUUCAUUUAGUGAGUAAAACAGGCGGCGCACGCGGUGAUUACGACCGAAAAAAAGAAGUUAUAGUACGAGAAUAUGAUCGAACACCGAUUGUCGUCAAGGAAACCGUCGCAAUCGGCGGAAUCUAACGUAAAAACGUCACAUUAUGACACUUUUUAUAUUAAAAUAGAAAAUAUAAACAUGAAACUUUUUAACCUAA